GUCAGCUGUUGGCUAGAUGACACUGUCUUUUAGGGGUUUAGUUUUAUAAGCCAUGCAAAUAACAUUGAUAGGCAUAUAUUGAACAAAUUCAGGCCUUUGAAAUGCUUUUCAGAUGAAACUCUGCUUCUUGAUUUUCCAACUUAAGAAAUCUGGAUUGCCAUCGUUGGACCAGUUACAGAGAGGACUACGUAGUAAUGGAAAAUUCCACCAGUAUUGUGGUCUUCCUGAUCCUCUCCUGCUGUCUCAGGGAUGAAGGGGCAAAGGCUUAUGAAUCUACCCUCUUGGUGGAAAAUGGAGGACCCUGGGGCUAUUGGGGAAAAAAAGAAUUUUGUCCAGACGGCCAUGCUUCUGGUUUUGUACUGAAGGUUGAGCCAUAUCAAGGUGGCACAAGUCAUGAGGAUGAUACAUCCCUGAAUGGCAUACGCCUAUUCUGUGAUGAUAAAAAGUUUAUUUCAUCUAUUGUUGGGAAAUGGGGUGCCUGGUCUGAUAUAAAGUAUUGCAGAGGAGACUCCAAACUUGUGGCUUUCUCCCUAAGAGUGGAACGACCUCAGGGGCCAUCAGAUGAUACAGCAGCCAACAAUAUUCAGUUCAAGUGUAGUAAUAAUGAAAUAUUGGUAGGUAAUUCCCAUGACUGGGGAAAAUUUGGUUUAUGGAGUUCCUCCUGUGGUCCUGGAACUUAUAUAUGUGGACUCCAGACAAAGAUGGAAGUAAUACAAGGAAUGGAGGAUGACACUGCAUUGAAUGAUGUGAGGUUUUUCUGUUGUAGUUAACUCUACAGCAGAUGCCAAUAUAAUGUGCUUUUGUCAGGUAGCUUUAUUAAACCUAUUUCUAUUAAUUAAAUAUAUAUUCCCCUUUGUCUUCCAGGAGCUCAAAUUCAGGCUCAUCCUCAAUUAUGAAAGUUCACUCCAUAAAUUUGGACUAGUCACAUUCUCUAGUCUAACCUAUUUCAGAGAUAUGGUUGUGGGGAGAAAUGGAAGAAGAAGUGCAUUGUUCAUUGCUUGGGGCCCCCAGAAUAAUAUAGAAUAAUUAACCUAACUCAUAAACAAAUAAAUAAUUGAGAACCAAUUUGAUCUAGUUGUUAAGGCAUCAGGCUGGAAACCAGCACAUAGUGGGUUCUAGCACUACCAUUGGCAUGAAAGCUAACUGGAUGACUUUGGGCCAGUCGCAUUCUCUCAGCCCCACAAUAUCAGGUUUAAGUGACAAACCAGUCAAUCAAUUCCUUAUUCAAAUAAUGGAUCAACAAUCAGUUGAUCCAAAAAAGAGGAUCUGCACUUGUGGGAAAAAUGCUAGGAAGGAAAAAUAAUAUUAUUUGUUGAUUGCAUAUUUCAAAGAUAACAUUUAAAUAUCAUAUCUCUGUAUGUACAACAGUUGUAAAUUCAUAUACUCUGUACUAGCUUUCCUAUGUGCUAACUACCAGAUAUCAUAGGUUACUAUGCCAGGUAUUUUUGAUCACUAUUAGAAUUCCCAGUUAGAUGGGUCUAAACCUUUCAAUGGUAUCUUGGUACUCAUUAUUAAUUGGUUCUGGGAGUUGUGAUGAGUACCACAUCACAUUUUCUCCAUAAGUAAUAAUGUAGUUAGUCAAAAGGCAGUCAACACCAACAUGUUAUAGCUUGUGUGUUGAGUACUAAACAAACAAUGAAUACCGGGGACAAAAAAAUUGCACCAAAAUGCAUUGAGUACCAAAUUCGAUGAGUUUCAAAGCAGUUGAGUACCAAAGUAUCACUGUAUACCGCAAUGUGUUCCAUGCUGCAGACUGGGAAUGACCAAGAUAUAGAUAUCCUGAUAAUUAAUUCCCAGGCCUUCAGUGUCAGGGUUUAAAGGAUAAAUUUAGGCUUGAGUAAAGUCCCAAGUCCCUUAACUUUUUUCCUUGGGGCAAAUUGUAACUCUUAACUAAUAUAAUAAAAGUCAAUGCCAUACUUCUGUCUCCAUCUCUAUCAAAUGAAAAUAAAGCUUGCUUUUAUGUGCAA